GCAAUCAGCUGGCACAAAAUAAUUAAUUUUAACCUCUAUUCACAAAUUGUUAUAAAUAAACUUUAGCUAUUAGAAGUAAACGUUGCACGUAAUUUAUACUAUAAACGUAAUAAAUAUUAAGAAAACCUUUGGUUAUCACUAAGAAUGCUAGUGAAUAAGACCAAAGGGUGUUUUAAGCAAUAACGAGUGGUGUAAAAAUAAAUACACAAUGCUAGCAAUAGGAACUAUCAACUGGCUGUUUGUGUGUGGACUGGCGUUCUGUUUAGGAGGAAUAGUGGUAUUGAGUUUCAUGCCUUUAGGAUCAGAUUGCAUUUGUCCACUGAGUCGCGGGCAAAAGAAGGCCAGUUCCGAAUUGUAUAAUGUGCAUGCUGAGUUGGAUGCAACAGAACUGAAAGCGGAGCACAAGUUGGCUGUGCUAGUGCCAUUUCGUGAUCGUUUCGAAGAGUUACUGCAAUUUGUGCCACACAUGACAAAGUUCCUCAAUCGUCAAGGAGUAACUCACAAAAUAUUUCUACUUAAUCAAGUAGACCGGUAUCGCUUUAAUCGUGCAUCACUUAUAAAUGUUGGUUUUCGUUUUACCAGUGGAGUGUACGACUAUAUUGCCAUGCAUGAUGUGGACUUAUUGCCAAUGAACGAUGCAUUGCUCUAUAAAUUUCCCAGCGAAGCAGGUCCACAUCAUAUAGCGGCACCUGAAUUGCAUCCCAAGUAUCACUACGAAACCUUUGUAGGCGGUAUUUUGUUGGUGCGCUGUGAACACUUCAAACAAGUGAAUGGUAUGUCGAAUAAAUACUGGGGUUGGGGUUUGGAAGAUGACGAAUUCUAUGUACGUAUUAGAGACGCUGGUUUAAGAGUGACGCGACCAGAGAAUAUUCAUACUGGAGUCAAUGAUACAUUUAGCCAUAUACAUAACCGCUAUCACCGUAAGCGCGAUACACAGAAGUGUUUUAAUCAAAAAGAAGUUACACGUAAACGUGAUCGACAAACAGGUCUGAAUACGUUAGACUAUAAAAUACUGAAAGUCCAUGAAAUGUCUAUCGAUGGCAUCUCGAUAACGGUUUUAAAUAUUUUACUCGAAUGUGACAUUAAAGAAACACCGUGGUGUGAUUGUUCUGGUAAUGCCGCUGCGGCUUCGGCUGUGUCUACAUGAUUGUUUUUGGGUCAAUCAACUGUGCUAUAAACUCGUAAUAAAGUUGUCAUCUCUCAUUUUGUAUGAAUUUAUUUUAAAUUUUAAUGUACUUUAUAGUUCCUUAGUUUAAUAAAAAAGUGGCUUAUACCAGAGUUCGCAAUAAUGCUAGUUCAAUA